AUGCUGGACGCCAAAAAUCGACGGGUCGACCAGCAGACCGGCCACGCAUUGCCCGUCUUUAGCGCCCUCUCCAAAAGCGAUCCACGAAUUCUGGAGGAAAUUGACGGUGGCCAGAGGAGCAUCUCGUUCCAGGGACAGUCGACCGGCGAGGUAAAUUCUGAGCAACGACUACAUCCGCUUCGUGCCGGGACCCGAACGGUUAUUGGUGGCAAAGCGUACAUCGCAGUACCGAUCGACGGUGUCAACGGAGUGGGGCCGGUCCAUUGGGAAGAGAGCACGCAAACCACACCAUCCACCACCAUUCCAUCAACAUCUACAAGCAGCACGACUCCUGAAGUGGCUCCUACUUCCACUGUGCAACCAACCACGGCUGGUGCCGCACAAAGAGCAAAAACCGCUAGAAGGAAACCACCAAGUGCCGAACGGUUCGAGCUACCCGAUGAAAUUUGCACAGCUCAUUUGAAACCGCCGCCGGCCAAGACAAAUGUCGAUUUU